AUGCCGCUGCCAGUCGCCGAGCUAGUCCUAUUCACCUCUUCCCAGGCGCACCAGAAAGACCAGGGCAUCCUUGGAAGGUCCAUCGACAUCCUCAACAAAACCGAGGGAAAAAUCGCCACCUACCAUGGGCCCGAAGUAGAGGACCCGACCAACGGCUACCUCUUCGUCCUCUGGCAAACCCUCGGGCACCACAAAGCCCUCAUGUCCGGGCCCACCUACCCGGCGCUCGUCGAGACGCUCAAGCCUGCAGUCGGUGGGCCCUUUGAGAUGCUGCACAUCAACUUCACCAAGGACCCCACCCCUGCCCUCGAAGCACCCGUCACCGAGGUCGCCUUGGUCACCCUCAAGCCGGGGAAGACCAAGGAGGAAGUGG